CCUGCCUCAGCGCAACAAGGGGAGUGAUGCGCGGCUGUUGCUGAAGCUCCUGGCUGGCAUUGUAACUACGUCGCAUUAAAACAAAACCAGGCAGUUUAUUGUACGUCUACUGGCAUGUUGCCACUUCACUCUUUGGCCGGUUAAUAGGGUGUUUUCCGUAACGUUCGUUAUACUUAUAUUAGUGAGCUAUCGGCAGCUAGGCACAAAGGCGUUUAGAGAGCUACGAGCCGAUGUUAGCUAACUGUAACUAGCAUGCUAACAACACAGCCGCCGAGAACGAGCACAUCCUUGCGCAGCCACACUCGGGUUAAUCUCUGUUGACUCGCUCCGUGGGUUAUGUUAGCUGUUUCAUGGUAGUCAUUUAUUUGUAACCUAAGUCAAGUGUUUUUUUUAUCAGCUACCACUCAUGACUAGGAUACUUGAAGCAACACUUAAGUAUAACUGGUUCGUUUGCUUGUUUUUCAGCUAGCCAAGGCACUGCUUCGGUCUCAUUCAGGGAUGUGGCGGUAGCAAAACAAGCUAACGUUACUCCCCUCUGUGAAGAAGUGACUGCAAGAAGUGAGGAAAAACUGAAGGCAAGCGGGAGUUUUUAUUUGUGUUUAUCUUUCAUUCCGGUGUGGAUGACACGAGGACAAACCUGACAAACACAGUUGAACUGAAACUGGGAAUAUCACUAACAGGUCGAAGGGAUUAUUUUGGUGUCUCUAAGUGGAUUUCGGCCUCCUGUUGGGGAUCGUCGUGGGAACACUGUGAGUGUUUUGACAUUGAGUGAGUCUACACGCAAAAAAUAUCCUGCCGACCUUCAUCCUCCGAUGCGGAGAUUUCAGUAGCACCGGCGACCAAAUCCCCCCGGCGGCCGGACAUGCUGAAGUGUAUCCCCCUGUGGCGUUGCAACCGCCACGUCGAGUCGGUGGACAAGCGGCAUUGCAACUUGCAGACAGUCCCCGAUGAGGUAUUCCGCUACAGUCGCAGCCUGGAGGAGCUUCUCCUCGAUGCCAACCAACUCAAAGAGCUACCAAAGCCUUUCUUCAGACUACUGAACCUACGGAAGCUCGGCCUCAGUGACAAUGAGAUCCAGAGACUCCCUCCCGAGGUGGCCAACUUCAUGCAGCUGGUGGAGCUUGACAUCUCCAGAAAUGACAUUCCUGAGAUCCCCGAGAGCAUUAAGUUUUGCAGGGCCUUGGAGAUCGCCGACUUCAGCGGAAACCCCCUCACCAGAUUGCCGGAUGGUUUCACUCAACUGCGAACGCUGGCUCACUUGGCACUCAACGACGUGUCAUUGCAGACAUUGCCCAAUGACAUUGGAAACUUGGCCAACCUGGUGACGUUGGAGCUCAGGGACAACCAGCUGAAGUCGCUGCCUACGUCCCUCUCCUUCCUGGUUAAACUGGAACAGCUGGACCUGGGCAGCAAUGAACUGGAAGUUUUGCCGGACACCCUCGGUGCUCUCCCUAAUCUUAGGGAGCUCUGGCUGGACCGUAACCAGUUGUCCUCAUUACCACCAGAGCUGGGGAACCUCCGGAGACUGGUGUGUCUGGAUGUGUCAGAGAAUCGUCUGGAGGAGCUUCCCUCAGAGCUGAACGGCCUCCUGGCGCUCACUGACCUGCUGCUCACACAGAACCAGCUGGAAGACGUCCCAGACAGCAUAGGAUGCCUGAAACAGCUUUCUAUCUUCAAAGUGGACCAAAACAGACUGACCCAACUGACUGAUUCAAUAGGAGAGUGUGAAAACCUCACAGAACUCGUCUUAACAGAGAACCUUUUAGAGUCACUUCCUCGCUCGCUGGGCAAGCUGAAGAAGCUGACCAACCUGAAUGUAGACCGCAACCAUUUGGGCACCGUGCCCAAAGAGCUGGGCGGCUGUGCCUGUCUCAACGUCCUCUCUCUCAGAGACAAUCGCCUGGGCAAACUGCCCGCUGAGCUCGCAGAUGCCACUGAGCUGCAUGUGCUGGAUGUGGCCGGAAAUAGAUUACAAAACCUGCCUUUUGCCCUGACAAACCUCAACCUGAAGGCCAUGUGGCUCGCAGAGAACCAGUCACAGCCCAUGCUCAAGUUCCAGACAGAGGAUGAUGAGCAGACAGGAGAGAAGGUGCUGACCUGCUAUCUACUGCCUCAGCAGCCUUCCCCCAGCCUCGAGAACUUGCUACAGAACAGUGUGGACGACAGCUGGACGGACAGCAACCUGAACAGAGUGUCAGUCAUUCAGUUCCAGGAAGAGACCAAGGCUCAGGAGGAGGACGAUGAGGCUGCUGCAGAGCGCAGAGGUCUUCAGCGAAGAGCUACACCGCACCCCAGUGAGCUGAAGGUGAUGAAGAAGGUGAUUGAGGAGAGGAGGAAUGAAGCUUACACAUCCAGGGAUGAAGAGUCUCCUGAUUCACAGGAGAAACGGCUCAGUGACCUCUCCAAUCAGAGCCAUGACUCUCAGGUGUCCAAUAGCACGCUGUCGGCCACCUCCCAUGAGGAGAGGCACAAUGUGACGUCGCAGAGGGAGGACCUUGUAGAUGGCCACGCCCCUCAGUAUGAUGACGAGCUGGACGAGAUGGAAGUGGAGUACAUUGAGCCCACUGUGCACUUUGCAGAAGAGCCCAUCAUCCGGGGUUUGGAUGACGAGGAGGACAGGGAAGAUGGCGCGAGGAGUGACGAGGAAGAGAGGCCUGUGUUUCCCGCAGAGAAGCAGCGUCUGAUCAGAAAGGACACGCCGCACUACAAGAAGCACUUCAAGAUCACCAAGCUGCCCAAACCUGAGACUGUGGCUGCCCUGCUGCAGGGCUUCAACCCCGAGAGCAUGAACUCUCCCACAAAGCCUGCAGAGGAAGAGGAAGUGGAGGAGGAGGAGGAGGAGGAGGAGGAAGAGAAGGAGGAGGAGGAGGAGGAGGAAGAGCAGGGUAUGUGCACCCCUCAGCACCAUCCCAGGAUGGAGGCGCUGGAAGACAGUCGGCUCCAGGUCAACUCCAGUCUAGUAAAGACCAACCAGAACAUGUAUUGGCAGAGCUGGAAUGUGAGAUCCAACGAUCCUUGUUUGUGUAAUAUGGGGGUGAAAUUUGAUCAAGUCAAUAAUCUGCUGAUUGAACCUGCUCGAAUUGAGGAGGAAGAGCACUCGCUGAUCAUCAUGCGACAGACUGGCGGCCUCGGUAUCAGCAUUGCUGGAGGGAAAGGAUCUACACCUUACAAGGGAGAUGAUGAGGGAAUUUUCAUCUCCAGAGUAUCUGAAGAUGGCCCUGCCGCAAGAGCAGGGGUAAAAGUGGGGGACAAACUCCUAGAGGUGAAUGGAGUGGACCUCCACGAAGCAGAACAUCACACGGCGGUUGAAGCUCUUCGGAGCUCUGGUGCUUCAGUUUCCAUGUCGGUGCUGCGGGAGCAUAUGGUGGAGCCGGAGAACGCCAUCACCACCACGCCACUGAGGCCGGAAGACGACUAUUUCCCCCGCGAGAGACGGAGCAGUGGCAUCGCCUUCAACAUAGAGACGGCUCCCAAGGGGCCACAGGAGCGGCUCUCCACCUGCCUGAUGCGAAACGACAAGGGGCUGGGCUUCAGCAUCGCAGGGGGCAAAGGCUCCACCCCCUACCGCACAGCAGACACAGCAAUCUAUAUCUCUCGGAUCGCAGAAGGGGGAGCAGCAAACAGAGACAGCACACUGCGUGUCGGCGACAGAGUGAUCUCCAUCAAUGGUGUAGACAUGACAGAGGCCAGGCAUGACCAGGCAGUAGCACUCCUUACCGGCACCUCCCCCACCAUUGCCCUUGUGGUGGAGCGAGACCUGAAUGCACCAGGGGGCUCUCCAGGUCAAUCCCGGGCACGAGCCCACUCCCCUCCACCCCCAGAACCCUCAGACUCACCGGACCAGGAGGAGGACGGCCUCACCAUGCAUGGGAACAACCUGAGCCGCAUGGAGGACGAGUAUCCCAUCGAGGAAGUGAUCCUGUUAAAGUCAGGCGGGCCACUAGGCCUGAGCAUUGUGGGAGGCAGUGAUCAUGCCAGUCACCCGUUUGGCAUCAAUGAACCCGGGGUGUUCAUCUCAAAGGUGAUUCCUAACGGCCUAGCGUGUGAAAGUGGACUGCGUGUCGGGGACCGAAUUUUGGAAGUGAACGCCAUCGAUCUGCGUCACGCCACACACCAGGAAGCUGUGCGUGCGCUGCUGGCCAAUAAGCAGGAGAUCCGUAUGCUGGUGCGGAGGGACCCUUCCCCGCCUGGGAUGCAGGAAAUUGUAAUCAAUAAGCAGCCAGGGGAGAAGCUCGGCAUCAGUAUUCGUGGAGGGGCCAAGGGUCACGCAGGAAACCCCUUUGACCCUACAGAUGAAGGCAUCUUCAUCUCUAAGGUGAGUUCGAGCGGUGCUGCAGCAAGAGACAGCAGACUGAAGGUUGGGAUGCGUAUCCUGGAGGUGAACAACCACAGCCUGCUGGGGAUGACGCACACAGAGGCGGUGCGAGUGCUCCGGGCUGUGGGAGACUCUCUGGUCAUGCUGAUGUGUGACGGAUUCGACCCACAAAAAAUGACGGGCGUGGAGGCGUCUCCCGGCAUCAUUGCCAACCCAUUUGCCACCGGCAUCGUCCGUAAGAACAGCAUGGAGAGCAUCUCAUCUAUAGACCGAGACCUGAGCCCGGAGGAGAUGGAGAUCAUGCAGAAGGAGUCUGAGAUGGUGAGAGAGACAUCACAGUGGGAGCGAGAAGAGAUGGAGAAAGUGGAGCGUAUGCGCUUGGAGCGAGAGGAGGCAAACCGCCUGCUAGAAGAGGAGACUGAGAACAUGGGCACUGGACCUUUGAAACUUGACUACAAAACCCUGGCGGCUCUGCCCACCACCAGUCUGCAGAAGCUCAACAGGGCGCCUCCUUCUGACUUCAACAGGACGGAGAGCCCAAUCAGAGACGCCCCCUACUCCCCCACCAUCCAACCGGCAAACCUUCAUUACACUUCAACUCCAACUGCUAUCGAGAACUCUCCAUCUUCAACACGACCGGGUGCCAUCCAGCCAGUGGGGCGCAUGCGGCAGAGCCCCUCCCCUGGCACACCGGAGGGCCACAGUCCUAACCCCUUCCAGCAUGGCCCCUCCCCCUUCAACUCCCAGACCUCUGACCAGUAUGGUGUCAGGAACAAUUUCCACCCCAAGGAACCUUCUCCAGAGCCUGAGUUGAUGAACGAGGUGUUUGAUGAUGUCAUAGACGGUCAGGAGGGGGCUGGUCUGAGCCGCCACGGCUCCCCCAGGCCCCACCUCUCUCCUGACCGGCGGGAGUAUCUGAGCCUGGCCGCAGUGCCUCGCCUCUCCAGGCCGUCCUGGGACCUGCAGAGUCCCUCUCCUGGUGGUCGGGGCAGCCCAGAGCAGCGCUCCUUUAGGGACAGACAGAAGUAUUUUGAGAUUGACGUGAAGCAGCAGACACCAGAAAAACCCAAACCUCGAGUGUCUCUUGUUGGAGAAGAUGACCUUAAGAAAAUGAGGGAAGAAGAAGAGAGGAAGUUUGAGCAGCGGGCGCGGGAGUACCUGAUGGAUGAAGACGAGGAGGACGAGGAGGAGGAUCUGGCGAAGCAGGUGGCGCAGAUGAAGGCCACCGGCAAGGUGUUGCUGGACGGAGUGGAGUACAACGUGGAGCCAGUGUCUACCCCCACCCAGCACUGCGCUACCCCACCUUGCUACAACGUCACGCCGCCCAGCUACUGUGGCAGCUCAGGGCCUUCUUCUGUUGAUGGUAAAGGAGAUUCUCAGAGGAACUCACUAGAGGACAGCUUCAGGAUGGAGCAGAGACCCAACUCCAUGACUGGUCUGAUCCCAGCGUACACCGGGGACUCUGCGGCCCCCAUCCGCACAGCCAAAGCAGAGCGGCGGCACCAGGAGAAGCUCCGUAUGCAGAGCCCCGAGCUGUCUGUGGCCUCCGACAAGGACCUGUCCCCUGCUGAGAAACGAGCUCUGGAGGCCGAGAAGAGAGCCAUGUGGAGGGCAGCACGGAUGAAGUCUCUGGAGCAGGAUGCACUGAAAGCUCAGAUGGUCAUCGCCAAGUCUCGGGACGGAAAGAAGCGUGGGACACUCGACCAGCUGACAGAGUCGCCCUCGCCCGCCCCCACCCCCUCUCCCACACCUAUGGAAGAGCUCAGUCCCCGAGGAGUCACCUCUCCGGGUCGGCUGUCCCCUGACGCAGUGGAAGAGCUGCAGUUCAUCGACGACGGCUCCAGCAACCCAGGUGACUACCUGGGAUAAGCAGCUCCUAUUGUUCCCGCUGCGAGCCCUGAGGCUGAGGUGCCCCCCCCGCUGCCUACCACCUCGGCCCUGGAGGAGAUGGCCCUGUACAGCAACAAGCGCAAACUGAGGCAGGGCCGCCGCAGCCUGGAGACCGCCGUGCCCACGUAACGGCUCACUGAGAGGAGAGAGAGCCCACGACAUGAUGCACACACACACACACACACAUUAAGAUGCACUGUGGAACACUGGGAACACAGAGUCACUAAACACUACACAGUAGAGCGAGAUUUCCUCUCCCAUAUAUAACCACUGCAGAGACGACACUCUUAUAUCCUGCUGCCAGUCUGUGGAUGGCAGGUUGCUGAGCAGUCCCUACAGGGCAACAACCCUGUAGUGUGGUUAGCUAGCUGUCGCUACUUACAGACCAUUCUCUUUUUGUUGUUGUACACUCGGUUUACCAAGUAGAAGCUUAUCUAUUUUAAAAAGGAAGCGGCCGAAGUUUUUAUUUUUUUUAAUUUUGCACCUCUAAUGAUUUUGCUGUUUAAAAAGAACAUACUGGAAGAGAAAAGAAAUGGGUCAUAGCUAUACUUACUAACUUGUUGAAUGAUAUUUUUAGCCUUUCAGUGACUAGAUUGUAAAAAAGUCAGGGGUUUCUAGAGACUCGGACAGGAGUGUAUAUAUUAAUUGAGGGAACAUCCUGCUACCUUCAGUCACAAAUUGUGGAGAGCUUUAAAAAAACAGUACAUAUCCUUUUUGCACUGCCACCUAUCAGCUUUUAAAGAACAUAUAUCUUAAGUAAUUUAUUGUUUUUAGCGUUUUACUCAAAUUGAAGGCCCUCUGUUUUAACCUCCUUUGUUUUUACUGAUGGUUAUCGUAAUGUAUCUUUAAAUACUAAACUAAUUCAUUUCACAUUUUUAGAGAAGCAUAUCAAUAAUUAGAUCUCUUGAUAUCUGUUGCUCACGGUAGUUGGUCAUACUUGUGAUUGUUACAUUCCCCUUUGAGAGAAUCUGACUACACUAAGCAGGCAGUUUUUACAGAUAAACAUAUCACACGUUUGGAACCAUGCAUAGUAUCAUUUAAUAAUUAACGGUACCUGCCCUGUUUAGGGUCUUAUUUUUUUAUUUUGCAAUGUGAAUCAUUCAUUUGUAUCCUUGAAUUAUCUGGAGGUAUUCCAGAGUGAUGUGAAGGUAGCAGGUGUUUUAUUUUUCUGUCUAUUUAAAUCUGACGCCACUGAAAAAUCAUUUUAUUAUUGUGUGAAUAAUGUACAAAUACUGAAAGGAAAGCAAACGUCGGGUUGAAACUGAGUCAGUCUUACAGGCUUGGUGCUGGGAUGCUCUCUGCAUGUAUAUUGGUUUGUUAAUGGAAGAGCUGCGGGGGGCAGAAGCAAUUAGAAAUCCCUCUCAAGACAUUGUUCAGUUCACUGCUCCACAUGCUGUCAGUUUAUGUAUCUGAUGGGUAUUUUUGCAGAAUCACAGCAUAGUAGCAUUUGUUUUAAUUUAAAGUAGGGUCUUUUAAUCAUAGCUUUCCAUGUUGCUCUCACUGACUGAAAUUCAGUUUGUUUGAUAACAUUUGCAAUGGUUGAUAUCUUUUUUUUUUUUACUUGCAGUAGGUCAUUCUUUUUUUUCAGAUGGGUUUCACUACAUUAUUAAUGCAGUGUUUCAAGUUUUUGUGUUUAUUCUUUUGUCUCGAGUUCUUUUUUGGGACUUUUACUUGCAAAUAUGUCAGAGGGAAAGGGUCAGAAGUUCUAGGGUCAAGGGUUAGAGCUCACAAGACUGUAACUAGUGAAUUUGUACAACCAAAGAAGUCUAUUUUGUGGUUCAGGAAUAAUAAAUUUUACUUUUCAUUUAAGAAGCUGA